AAUGGAUAAAUAACCAUUAUUACAUAAGUUCACAAUCACUCCUAAUGAUUUAUUCUAGAUUAUCAGUUCUUAAAACACUUAAUAUACGGCAACUUCUUUAUCAAAAAUGUUAGACAUGGAUUUACAGGUAUUGAAUAUAUUAUUUUGAUUAAAAGAUAGGACUUGAUUCAUCAAAUGUUUUAGAUAUAAAUAAACGAAAGAAGCAGUAAAGAUCAUGAAUUAUCAUAGGUUUGGCACACAUAAAAUUUAUGAUUCACAAACUAUUAGAUAUUAAGUUUAAAUAUUGUCUAAAUUUAAUAGUUAGUAAUACAAAUAAUAAAGAAUAAGUGGCAUUAAAUCUUCUUUGCUAUAACUCUAAUUAAAUUAGGAUUAUCUAUGCUGAUUACUAAUUCUAAAAAUGUACCUAAACAAAAUAUGAUAGGAAAGAAUGGAAUCAUUAUUUAUUUUGGUAUUCUCAUUAUUGCAAUUGCUAAUAAGAAUAUUUAAAACUGAUAAUCAGGAACUAUUAAAUAAUUUAAGAUAAUUUUAAAACAAUAAAGUUAAAUUAAAGAGAAAUGAUAAAGUGAUUAAUAUUUCAUCUGAAUAAAUAGUAGUUGGAGAUAUACUUAUAUUUUGUGAGGAUUAGUUGAUUGAAGUAGAUGGAAUACUUAUUUCUAAUUAAACAAACUAAACUAUAUUAUUUGAUACAAAUACUAACAAACUACCAUUUAUACGUUCAGGUUCUAAAGUGUUAUAAGGAAAUGGAUAAUUAUUAGUAUUAGCAGUUGGAAUCAAUACAUAUCAUAUGAGAAAGUGUGAUUUGAAUUUGCAACAUGAAUAUACAACACCUUUACAAGAAAGAUUAAAUUAUUUACAAUAAUAAUUAAUUAAACUAUUUUUUGUAUUAGCAAUAAUACCUUUAAUAAUUCAGUUUUUAAAUUAUUGUUAUCAUAUAUCAACUUAAGAAUACUUCUUUGAUUUUAUAGAUUCUAUUCAUUCAAUUCUAAAGUAAUGUUAAAUAUCGAUAUUGCUUUUGUUAAUGGUAAUGAAUGAUAAUCUAUCUAAAUUUGUAUCUACUUAUCUUUAAUAUAAUUAAAAGAGAAUGAAAAGAGAUCGUAUUAAAUUUCAAAGACCUAGUUCAUGUGAAAUAUUAGGAAGAAUUAAUAAUAUUUGUACAAGUAAAAGUUAAAUUUUAACAAAUGGAAAUACUAGAUUAGUUCAAAUAUUUGCUGAAGAAUAACUUUUAAUGAAAUUUGAUAUUAAAAAAUUAAGAUAUUCAACGAUUUAAUUAAUUUAAGAGAAUAUUUGUUUGAAUUCAACAGCCAAUCCAAAAAUUAGUUAUAGAUCUAAUGAUAUUACAGUUUUUGAAAAAUUUGGUAAUGAAAUCGAUUGUGCUUUACUUGAAUAUUGUCAUGAAUUAGGAUUAGAUUAUACUACUAUACGAAAAAGUUAUUAAAAUUAAAUUGUAUAAUAUUUUUAAUUUAAUUCUGAUAGAAAAAUGAUGAGUGUGCUAAUUAAAUUAUAAAAUAAAUAUAUAUUAUACACUAAAGGAGCACCAGAAAUUAUUUUAGAAAAUUGCACAGACUUUAUAAAUUCAAAAGGAGAAAUUCAAAAGUAUUUUAUAAAUCAUAUCUUAAAGAUUAACUGAAUAAAGCAAAUAAUAAAUCUAUAAUUAAAUCAAGAAAUUUGGAGAAGAAAGUUAUAGACCUUUAUGUUUUGCAUAUAAAAAUAUGGACAGUAAUAUAAAUCUGAAAUUAUUAUCUGAAAAAUAAUUAGAAAAACAAUUAAUAUUUGUUGCAUUAAUAGCUUUAGAGGAUGAAAUAAGAUAAGGAGUUUAAAGAUCUAUUUAAUAAUGUAAAGAAGCAGGAGUAAUAGUUAGAAUGAUAACUAAUGAAAGUUUAGAAUGUUCAAUAUCAUUAAGUAAGAAAUGUGGAAUUUUACCAAUGAAUUAUUAACAUUAGAAAGACUCAAAGAAAGUUAUGACUGGAAAGAAUUUCAAUGAUUUAGUCAAAGGAAUUACAUAUAAAAAAUAGGAUGGUUAAAUUAUACCUAAAAUUGGUGAUAUGGACUCCUUUGCAUAAAUUGCUGCUGAAUUAAGAGUUUUAGUAAGAGCAAGUCUAGAUGAGAAAUUGGCCAUCAUAUAAGGAUUAAAAGAAUUAAAUUAUGUUGUUGGAGUUUUUAGUCAUAGUGAUGAACCUGCAUUUUAUAGACUUGCAGAUGUUGGUUUUUGUUAAAACUCUAAAAUAAUUCAAUAAUAUAAUUAUAUGAUUAGUGUCUCCAUUUUAGAUGAUAAUUUUUCAUCUGUUAUUUAUUCAAUUGAUUGGGGAAGAAAUAUUUUUGAUGCAGUUAGAAAAUUCAUUUAAUUUAAAAUAGCUCUUUUAUUAUCAUUAUCAAUUCUUUAAACAUUUAGCAUUUUUCAUUAUUUUAAUUAAACUUAAUUAUUAUGGAUAACAUUUAUAGUUGAUUUUACUGCUUUCUUUAUGUAUGCUACAGAAAUACGUAAAUUUAAUUAUUUAUUAUAUAGCUAGUAGAAGGUUAUAUGAAAGAUAAUAAAAUGAGAGAUACCAUCUGAUUACAUCUAAUAUGUGGAGAAAUAUCCUUUCAUAAAUAAUUUAUCAAUUAUUGGUUUUAUUUAUGAUUUAAGUUGCAACUUAAAAAUAUAUAGAAAUGAAGAAUAGCUAAAAUUGCUAUCACUUUGAUUUAAAAUCACAUACCUUACUAUUUAAUACUUUUGUAUACCUUUAAAUCUUUAAUUUAAUGAUUUCUCAUAAAAUUCGCAAAACUGAUAUAUGUAUAUCAAGCAACAAAAGAGAAAAAGCAAAAUUAAUCAUAUAACUAUUAUUAAUAUUUGUGAUGCAAUAUCUAGUUGUGUAAAAAUACAUAUAUUAUUAUAUUUAGAGAAUAUUGUAAUUUUAUUUUUAAUUUAUCUAAACUUACUUUGAAAGAAUAUUUUGGAACUCUUUUAUUAUCCUCAUUUGGUUGUGUUGUUACGUAAUUAUAUUAUUUAAUUUAGAUAUUUAUUUAAAUUUAUUAAUGAUAAAUAUUUUAAUUGGAUUAUGUUAUUUAGAAGUUAAGAUUAACGAAAUCAUUAUUCAUCUUUUGAUGAGGUAAUAAUUUUAUAACAAAUAAUAGUUCUUGCAAUUUAAAUCAAUUCUUCGUUAAAUUAAGAGUUAUCCAACUGAAAAAGAGGAUAAUAGUGAAAUAGAACUUAUAGAAAAAUAAUGA